CACACAUCACAGCUGACACUAUGAACGGAAAUAUCGUAAGACAUUUUGCUGGUGUGUUUUUAUACACAGAGAGAGUUUAGGCUGAGUUCCAUAUAAUAUCGAAAUAAUAGUUAUAACAUUGCAUCAAAAUGUGACAAGUAGGCUUAUAGUUGUUUCGAGGAGUCGGUCUUGUUUUCGAGGGUUUGGUAUGAUCAGGAAGGCAGUCGAACCACAUGGUGAACACAAAGAAGCUGAUGACAUGAGACAAGAAAUAUUCAACCGACAAUGAACUCGCUGUCACUAGUACCAUUUGACUUCAACCAUUUUCAUCUCAAUUCCGCUCCACUCCCGCCAUGCUCAACUCAGUCUUAACGUUGUUUGAAGCUGUCAGGUUGCAGUCGGUAUUCGUGUUUUUGUUUGUGUUCCUGCUGGGAUUGUACUGGACUCGCCUGCCUAAGAAUUUGCCACCAGGACCGACCGGUUGGCCAGUUAUCGGCAGCGCACUGGCCCUUCGCCGUGGACUAUCUCAUCAUGUUUUCACUCAUUGGUCCAAACAGUACGGGGAAGUGUUCAGUGUUCGACUUGGCGGCAAACUCGUAGUAGUUUUAAAUGAUUUACGCUGCAUCAAGGACGCUUUGCACAAGCAGGCUGAUGUCUUCUCUGACAGACACAAUUCGACCGUUAACAAACUGAAUGGAAUUAAAGGUGCAUUUUCCGAAGAAAGUGGUGACAUUUGGAAGGCGCGUCGUCGGUUUGGUCUCGGGGCUCUGAGAAGUUUUGGUAUGGGCAAGAAAAGCAACGAGCAUUCAAUCAACGAGGAAUCACGGUACCUCCUCGACGGCUUCGCAGACGAACAAGGAAAACCAUUCAAUCCUACGCACCAAGUCGAAAUCACCGUCUCAAAUGUCAUUUGUAAAAUGUGCGUUGGAAGAAGGUUCAACUUUUCGGAUCCAGAUAUUGCGGAGAUACUUCAGUUGAUCAGGCAGCAGUUAAGCUACGGCACGCCAACAUCAUUAAUUAAUUACGUUCCUGGUGUCAUUCACACUCCAUUUUACUCCCAUGUAAAAACAAUCAGCAGACGUCUCAAGGAACAUUUCUCUUGUAUAGUACGGGAACAUCGCGAUUCUUACGAUAAAAAUGACAUCCGGGACAUUAUUGACCUGCAGUUCGCAGAGGUCGAGAAACGUGAAACCAGCGGCAGAGUCGACGAUCGAUUCGAGAAAGACUCAUUUGACGACGUAGCCAUGCGAGGGAGUGUUUUUGAUUUGUUUGUUGGUGGAACAGAAACAACAUCAACCACAUUGCUGUGGUUGAUGAUGCUUAUGGCGCUCCAUCCGAAUAUACAGAGAAAGGUUCAGUCCGAGAUUGAUGACGUCAUAGGAGGGAGCCGCCAGCCAUCAAUGGCCGACAGUCCGAACAUGCCGUACACGAACGCCGCCAUCUUGGAAACUUUGCGCAUUCGUCCGGCUGUUCCCUUAGCAGUUCCCCACCAAACAAAAGAAGAAACACUGCUGAACGGAUACACUGUACCAAGAAACACAUGUGUGUUGAUUAACAUCUUGGCAGUACAUCAUGAUCCUGCUACGUGGACAGAGCCAGAGAAAUACAACCCAGCCCGGUUCCUCUCUGCUGAUGGCAAGAGUGUCGUUCAACAUGAAUCGUUCAUCCCAUUUGGUACAGGUCGACGUCGCUGUAUGGGGGAAAGUCUCGCCAGAACAGAACUCUUCCUUAUUUUUGUCAACUUGCUCCAGCAGUUCAGCCUCAAGUUCCCGGCAGAGAAACCCUUGCCCUCCGAGGAAGGACUGCCAGGCAUCAUAUUAAAGCCCGGUCCAUUUGAAAUAUGUGUCACCAGACGCACCAGUAAAGCUCAUACGAAUUGACUCUUUAA